UACGUACACAAGUAAAAACGACGUCAAAAUAUAUAUGUUCAAACUUCAAACUAUCAAUAUGGCGGUCCGAAAAACAGUUUUUACUCACUAUGUGCUAUUCUUCUUAACUUUGCACACUAUUACAACAGAAUCGGUCUAUCUAAGGAAUUCCGGGGAUGCAGAAAAGAGGAAAUACAACGCGGGUUCCUCCAAGCAUAAAACUGUGAUCGACCAAAGCAAUCCUUGGCCGUUUCUGCCGAGCGCGGGAAGUCACUAUGCAAAGACAAAAGGAUAUCCUAGUUACCCAUAUAUGAUUCUUUCACCUCCAGAUCUUCAGAAGAAAAAAAAAGAUUUACACGACGAAAAAGGAAGCAAAUAUUUCACGAGCAGACGUCAGUACGUGCCAGUGCCAUAUCAACAACAACAACAAGCUAUCGUUGGUUAUGUUCCAAUAUAUUACACCAUACCUCAAUAUCAGUAUGCGCAAUAUCAAACAUUGUAUCCUAGUUUAUACCAACUUGAUGCUGGAAGUGGAGUGGGCCAACAGUAUUUAGGACAAAUGGUUGGUUAUGGCAACCAGUAUCCUAUAAUACAAAACCCUUUCCUACUUUCUAAAAGAUCCAAGGCCAAGAAGCCACGUGACAAGAACCUUCCAAUGAAAAGACAGUUCGUUCCCCGUCAUCACUGGUCUUUUAGCCAGUGGCCAUUUGACUCUCACGAGUACGCUUUCACAAAAGACCCAUUUUAUUCGUCAAAUGGCCGUCACCUUCCAAGAUGGGGACCCAUCGAAUGGGGUGGGGCCGGACCUUGGCGACAUUGGGCUAUCAAUAGAGAGGGGCUGCCUUCUCCAUUCGGAAUAGGACUUGCCCCCCAUAUGGGCGGCCAAGGAUACAUUGGACUCGCGGGACGAUGGCCACACGGGCAUGGCUAUCCUCUCCCUACUCACUUCCCCACACCCGCCCAUCUACAGCAUUUACUUCCAUGAGGGACUAAAAUGUUUCUUUACUUCUAAAGCAUAGAAACUUUUUAGUGACCCUUUCUAGUCGACACAUGUCCAUUUAGUGAAUGGAAAAUAAAAAAAAACUAUUAGCUAUGAACUGUGGUAGGAUGGUAUAGGAUCACUAAAUAGGCAGUGAACUAGCAAAGAGCGGUUUAAGUACAAAGGUCGUGAAAUAUUUGUAAUACUUGACCUCAACUAAAAAGAAACCACGUUUACCUCGAAUGAAGAAGACACACAAAGGGAUGUCAUCGAAUUAAAAAGCAAUCUUGAAUCUUGAAGCAUAGAGGAAUUCAAGGCUUUUAAUAAAGUCCUUUAUAGUAAAUUGAAUAAAUCGAAGUGCUUCAACGUC